AUUGAAAUAAUAACAAUAACGACGUGAAAAAGGUAAGCUUGCGUGGAACCCGAGGGGAAUCGAGCCAGCGACAUUCCGGUGAGUUGGUAAACCACAAGGAGGAGGCAAAAUUUACAUUUUUUUGGUCGCAGAUUCAUUUCGACUCAGCGGGAUCCACGUCAUUAAUGGGAUUGUUCAGAGACCCAAGAGUGAAAAAUGUCAGCGAAGGCGACCAGGAUCUCCAGCCGCUCACAAACGAAGGAUUUCCUCCCCCAAAAGACAGCUUUAACUUAGCCUACUUAUCCUACUUCACACUGGGCGCAGGAUUUUUGCUCCCAUGGAACGCCUACAUAACGGCCAUAGAUUAUUUCAGCUACAUUUACCCUGGCAAGCAGGUAGACCGGGUUUUUUCUGUGGGUUAUAUGGUGACAUGCCUGCUGUUUCUGUUAAUUCUGAUCACAUGGGCGCAGAAGUCCAGCGCUCGAUUCCGGAUCAAUUUAGGGCUCUCUCUGUUUCUCCUGUGUUUGCUCGUCGUGCCGGUAAUGGAUGCCGCUUACAUAAAAGGGCGCAGAGGCUUGGAUGUGGGGUAUUAUAUUACUGUUACGGCGGUUGUUGGGUGUGGAAUUGCCGAUGCUUUUGUGCAGGGGAGCUUGAUUGGCUCUGCCGGAGAACUUCCUGAGGAAUUCAUGCAGGCUGUCGUUGCAGGGACUGCUGCUUCAGGUGUUCUUGUGUCUGCCUUGAGGAUUCUCACCAAAGGUGCCUUGCCACAAGAUGUUGAAGGCCUGAGAAUAAGUGCAAUUUUAUACUUCAUUGUCAGUAGUGUGCUUAUGGGAGUUUGCCUGGUAUGCUAUAACAUGGCAAACCGGCUACCAGUUAUUAGGUACUAUAAUGACUUGAAAGAAAGGGCAAUGGAGUCGAAAUUUCUGCUGGGAGAUACAAUUGUCAACAAUUCAGCAGAUACUGAAGACAUGUCUUUCCCAGUAACAUCAAAAAAUCUCUUUGGUGCUCCUAAAGAGGGAGGUGGACCAAAAUUUUGGCACGUAUUAAGGCAAACGAAAUGGCUAGGAAUUGGGAUUCUCUUGAUUUAUGCUGUAACACUAUCAAUCUUUCCAGGUUACAUAACUGAAGAUGUGCAUUCACAUCUUCUAAAAGAUUGGUAUCCUAUCUUAUUGAUUACUUGCUACAAUAUUUUUGAUCUGGUAGGAAAAUCUCUAACUGCGUAUUUUAUGCUUGAAAGUGCUACAAUUGCCAUUGGUGGGUCUGUUGCAAGGCUACUAUUCUAUCCUUUGUUUUAUGGGUGUCUUCAUGGACCACAUUUCUUCCGCACAGAGAUUCCAGUUGUACUUCUGACAUGUUUACUAGGCUUGACAAAUGGUUACUUCACAAGUGUGAUCAUGAUUGUUGCUCCAAAAACGGUGCCCUUACAGGAGGCAGAGACUGCAGGGAUCAUCAUAGUUCUCUUCUUAGUAAUUGGAUUGGCAAUCGGCUCUAUUGUGGCAUGGUUUUGGGUCAUUUGAAUGCCUGUGCCUUGGAGGGUUGUGUUCUAUUUGUCAUGCUACAUCUCUAAUACUGUUUGACUGAAUUGAAAAGGAAGGGACAUUCGAUAUUUAAGGCCCUUCUAUUGUUGAUGAAUAAUCAAGAAAAUAUCUAGUACUCGCUCCAACAGCUGGGCCAGUGUCUGGUUCCUUCCUAUUGGUCAGCAGUUUACUGUUUCUUAUAAUCAUGAAAAAAAUUGUGAUUGCUUCUACUUCCUUCGGUAUAUAAAAUUCAUUUGACUUUA